CCUGGCUUCAUCCUCCCACCCAUCCUUUCCCGGCCCUGCCAUCCCCAGGUGAAGAGCAAUGAGGAAGGCUUGCGGAUGAUAGAGGAUCUGGGCCACCACUUCCGUGAUGUUCACCUCUUGUGGAUUGGGCCCUUCUACCCUGUCCUGAGACUCGUCCACCCUACCUUUGUUGCUCCCCUGCUCCAGGCCCCAGCCACCAUCAUACCCAAGGAUAUGUUUUUCUACAACCUGCUGAAGCCCUGGCUGGGGGAUGGGCUCCUGCUGAGUGCUGGUGACAAGUGGAGCCACCACCGCCGUUUGCUGACACCUGCCUUCCACUUUGAAAUCUUGAAACCCUAUGUGAAGAUUUUCAACAAAAGCGCAGGCAUCAUGCAUGCCAAGUGGCAGUGCCUGGCCUUGGAAGGCAGCACCCAUCUAGACAUGUUUGAGCACAUCAGCCUCAUGACCCUGGACAGUCUGCAAAAAUGUGUCUUCAGUUUUGACAGCAAUUGCCAGGAGAGUCCCAGUGAAUAUAUUGCUGCCAUCUUGGAGCUCAGUGCCCUUGUGGUGAAACGGCAGGAGCAGAUCUUCCUGCACAUGGACUUCCUGUACAAUCUCACCCCCAAUGGGUGGCGCUUCCGCAGGGCCUGCAACCUGGUGCACAACUUCACAGAUGCUGUCAUCCAGGAGCGGCGCCGUGCCCUCAUUAGUGGGGGUUCCCAUGACUUCCUCAAGGCCAAGGCUAAGGCCAAGACUUUGGACUUCAUUGAUGUGCUCCUGCUGGCCAAGGAUGAAGAUGGAAAACAAUUGUCAGAUGAGGACAUCCGAGCUGAGGCUGAUACCUUCAUGUUUGAGGGCCAUGACACCACAGCCAGUGGCCUCUCCUGGGUCCUGUACAACCUUGCAAAGCACCCAGAGUACCAGGAGCGCUGUCGGCAGGAGGUGCAAGAGCUCCUGAGGGACCGUGAGCCUCAAGAGAUUGAAUGGGAUGACCUGGCCCAGUUGCCCUUCCUGACCAUGUGCAUCAAGGAGAGUCUGAGGCUGCACCCCCCCGUUACAGUCAUUGCCCGCCGCUGUACCCACGACGUCGGGCUCCCUGAUGGCCGGAUCAUCCCCAAAGGGAGCAUCUGUGUCAUCAGCAUCUUUGGGAUUCAUCACAACCCGUCUAUCUGGCCGGACCCUGAGGUAUACAAUCCCUUCCGCUUCGAUCCAGAAAUCCCCCAGAAGAGGUCUCCCCUGGCUUUUAUUCCCUUCUCCGCGGGGCCCAGGAACUGCAUUGGGCAGACGUUCGCCAUGACUGAGAUGAAGGUGGUCCUCGCGCUCACGCUGCUGCGCUUCCGGUUCCUGCCAGACGAGGAGGAGCCGCGCCGGAAGCCGGAACUCAUUCUGCGCGCAGAGGGUGGACUUUGGCUGCGCACGGAGCCGCUGAGCGCGGGGUCCCAGUGAUUUUGCGAGCUCCUGGCUUGGGAUCCACCCAGAACCUACAGGCCUUGCUUUGUGGAUUCCCAGGAAUGAAACUUUGCAGUCUCCUCUGCCAGAGCCUCAUUGAGAGCUAGCAGGGGUGGGCGAGGCGGGGUGGAGAGGAGGCCCAAGACCCUGAGAGCCUUUCCAGAUGACCACAGGCCCCCAUGCUGAUUGCUGGUUCUACCAGAGCCCAAUCAGGGAGUUUAUCCUGUAGGCAAUAGGGAGCCAUGGGAGGUGUUUGAGCAAGAGAGGGACCAGGGUUACGGACUGACUUAAGGGCAUGUUUGAGGCUCUGGGUCACAGAGGAGAACCCAUAGUGGCACUACACUCUGAUCACCCUGACCUCUGUUCCUACCUAAUAUACCCAAACUUCUCUUACCUCAGAAUCCUUCACUAUGUCAAUAGUUACUAUGUUUACUUCAACAAAGCAAAUAUACUUUAUCCUGUGUGCCUAAUCAUUGCAGUCACUGUAUCUGUUAUAUAGUCAGUUGUUUUUGCUGGUUUUCACUGGUAGGGUCGUCGUUCUUGUGUGCCUGGUUAUCUUUGCCUGACUACUGGUUAUCAUAUUUGAAAUAAGAUUUGCAGAAUUUGAAGAAGGUAGCUUUCUCUAAGAAGGAGGUCUUGGAGCCUUGCUGAUUGAAGAUUAUGUUAAAUGAAGUUCAAGACUUGUGGUGGCCAAGAUCAGGAAGGCAGUUUAAAUUCUAGUUGAGAUCACACUUACAGGCUCCUCCACUCCUCUCACUCUGAGGGGUGUAGCUUUUUGAGGUCUCCACUUAUGUAAGGAGGGUCUUCUCACAAUUUCUCUUUCUCAUAUCACUAUAGGCCUUGAUUUUUCUCCCCUGACCAUGAAGCCAUCAAAACAGCUUCACAUUUUCCUGACUUGAGAAAUGUCUCCAGGGCAAACGUGUAAUUGAUGUUCAUUUAGCUCUAGGCUUCUAGUUCAUUUGAGUGGUGUCUUUGUAAUUCUUUACUAUCUUUUCUGGUCAUGUAUUCAUUUAAGAAAUUGGAAAAGUAUCCAGCUGUGAGAGUUGUUUUUUAAAAAUUGAAAGUUUAAUCCAAGUAACCUAGCUUGUCAUUAGUGGGAACAGGAAGUCUCAGUUGGAAUUUUAAUGGUCAUGAUCCAGUUAUUACUCCACUCUUGAAUGUAUUGAGGGUGAAAGUUGCCUUUAGGUGCACAGAUUCCUGGACCACAAAAAAGCUCACAUCAGGGCUUGAGGGAGAGGACAGCACAUCACCCAGAGACCCUGGAACCUGGGCUAAAUGGAGGGAGCUGGUGCACUUUGAAGUUGACUCCCCUAGGGGUGUUCCUUGUAUAGGAAGAGGAGUACACAUUGGAUGCUUUGGUAGUCAACAGGAUGGAUGGUGUCGGAGACUGCUAUGUAUCCUGAUGUUCCUUUUUGCCUUCCUGUAAUCCUUAGGUUUUUGUUAGGUGUAUGGCAGGCUGAAAUACAGAUAGCAUUUGAAAACUUUUCUUGAAACUAGAUUGGCUAAAUGAGUAUGCCCUGUCCCAUGUGGAAAAGUUAAAGAGUACCUGGUAAUUCUGGAAACUCUGCUGGAGAGAAAGCUGGACAUUCUCUGUUGAGUUUCCCCUUUCUUCUUCUCUGUUUCUUGGGGUGGUGUGGGUAGCUGGAGCUCCCUCUUGGAUUAAGAGGACAAGACCACUCUUUAGGAAAGGUGGGGCAGAUAACUAAAUGCAGUGAGGGUCCGAUGACCCUGAUCCAGCGCACCUUGGAGUUGUAUUACCAAGAUCACAAUCCCAGUCUGCUAUUUCCUAGCUGUGUGGGUUGGGGAAAAUUGUUGAUCUCUCUGAGCCUCAGUUCCGUUACCAUAUAGUAAUAGCCACCUUACUACACUGAUGGGGAGAUUGCAUAAGCAAGCAUGUGCAACAUCACUGAGUCAAUAUCUGGUAAGCAUCAGUAGUCAGUGAGGGUUAAUUUGUUCCCUUCUGUCAUCUUUUUGCAUCACGUUCUGAAAUUUAAAAAGCUUUAAUCACAGAAGUUAAAUUUAAGUAUUGGUGAAUGUGGCAACCUUCUGUUGAAGAAAACUAUCAUUAGAAGACCCAGUUAGUUGUAAAUAUCCAUAGUUACCUCAGAGAAACUCCAAAGGCCUUUGAUGGCAAGCUGGUCUUGGAGCUAGGAACUGGAAAAAAAAAAGAUUUUUUUCCCCCUUGAGAGGCAUGAACCUGCCUUCAUUUUUGCUUAAAUGUUUCAAGAUGUGGAGAUCAUGUGCGUCCCAAUAGUGAGGUGGGGAGUUGAACCGCUUCCUUCAGCACCUGGAACAGUGGCUGCCCCUGGACUCCUUCCUCUCAGGCUGUAGGAGCACCCCUCUGGGGUACAGUGUCUAGGACCUCAAAACUUUUCUGAGGCCCACAGAUUGGGGGCCCUGGAGGCUUACAGACUGCAAAAUAUGACAGGAACGUUGCAACAUGAAAUGAAUAAAUAUUUAAUGUAUUGUAA